AUGGACAAAGGCGAAGGAGCCACCGCAGUCACGGGUGGGGAGGGCCAGCCUGGGGUGACCGUACCAGUACUCGUCAUGAACGGGUCUUCCUCGUGGACGAUCUGCACCUGCGCCCAAAGCCGAGGACCGUGGCCUGGCAGCCUGGCACAGAGGCAGCAGAACGGAAACGGUGUCCCCCAGACCCGUCACGUACAGACCCGACAUUCCAUGACCCUGGACGGCGUCACCGUCGAGACCCUGGGGGCCAGUCCACCAAUCCCCACCAAGACUGCCAAUACGGAGAAUUCAUCAGUACCUCGUCCAUUGUCUUGUUUCAUUAUUAUGAUCAGUGACCCGCAUACAGAACCAUUGGAAUCAUUCCAUAGUCUGAAGUUCAGGCGUCGUCAACCACCAACUCCCAAUUGA